UCUGCGUCCCCGGGCUCAGAGCGCGCAGCCAGGUUCCCUGAGCGGACGGCAUGGCCCGGGCUGCGUGUCCGCGUGCCGGCCGCCUCCUCUGGCUCGCCUGCCUCCUGCCGGUCGCCCCGGCCGCGGGAGCCGCAGGCACAUACGAGCUCCGCUUUACCCCGAUGUCCGAUGGCCCGGCCACCGCGGGGACAGAGGUGUCCAUCACAGCCAGCGUGGUGGCUGAGAACAGCGGAAGCCUGCGCCUACCCCCCGGGCACCCGCUCCGCUUCCAGUGGGCCCAUGUGCUCCUGUUGCUCAUGGGCAGGGCCGACUAGGCGCUCAGCUCCACCAUCCGCACCAUGGGGACUGCACCCAGGGAUGUCCCUGUCUCUGUCUGGGUCACUGCUGCCUGCUGCGAGGUGUGCCGGCCCCUGGCCAGGAGCUUCCUAGUCCUGCCUGUCACAGAGUUCCUGGUGGGGAAGCUGGACGACACGCAGAACACCUCCCUCCCCCGGCACGACUCCUACCUCACAAGGACACCCCUGAAAAUCUCCUUCCUCUUGCACGACCCCAGCAACUUCUUUAAGGCCGCCUCGUUCCCCUACAGCUGGGACUUCGGGGACAGCGUCCAGCUGCUGACAGCAGACUGAGUGGUCUAUUACAGCUACUCCACAACCGGGACCUUUCGCAUCAAGCUGGAGGUGGUGGCAGAGUGGGCACAGAAGAGCCCCGACACUGGCAGAGGCACCAUGCAGAAGACGGGGACCUUUGCUGCUGUCCUGCGGCUGCAGGAAACCCUUCAAGGCAGCCUCUCUGGGCCUAGCUUGAUCCAAACCUUCCAGAUGAUGACAGUGAUGUUGAAAUUUCUGGGCAGCGGUCCGCUGACCACGUGCUGGCGCCUCACGCCCGAGUGCCUCCCGCUGGACACCGGGGAGUGCCACCCCCAGCCUGUGACUGGCACCACCUACAACCUCAGCCACACCUUCCGGGACGCGGGCAAGUACUGCUUCAGCAUCCGUGCUGAGAACGGCGUCAGCGAGUCCCAACACUACCACUGCGUCCAGGUGUGGCCCUCCAGCACUCAGCCCGCUGUCUUCGCCUUCCCCUGUGCCACGCUGCUCACCGUGACACUGGCAUUUGUGGUGUAUGUCAGCGUGCGGAACUCAGCCCAGGACAAGGACCUGAUGGAGGUGGCUGAUUUUGACUUUUCCUCCAUGUCUGACAAGAGCCCGGAGCCCACCCCCGGGGCCAGGAGCUGCUGCGGGCCCUGCUGCGGGCACUGGGUGCUGGAUGCGCCCACUGAGUACCUGGAGGUGGUUCAGGAGACGCAGGGGCUGCUGCUGCUGCUCACCAAGGCUGCCAGGACCUACAUGAUGUGA